AUGGCCCAUGCGGCAGGCUUUCCCUCUGGGGCUAUGUUUACGCAUUCAAAAUGGCUGCAUAAACCCCCCAUACCGUCGCCCAGCAUACCAGCAAUAAGACAAUUUCGUCCACUACUUCCUAAACACUCUCAAGAGCAAUCGCCCUUGAGUUUCUCUACUACUUCGUCGUCUUCGGACCUUCAGCACAAGAAACUUCAGCCAACCACGGCUUUUAAACCACAACCAUGUCUUCCUCUCCAGAACUCCCCCAGGCAUACGCCCCCACAACCAGCAUUCGAACAGGACUUCGCCCUCUUCGCAACGCCUACGAAACUUGCGCAUUCUCCCUCUGUGCGGUCGCUCGAUCUGACGCAGCUGCCUACGUAUAAGCAAUCCGAUUCGCAGAACUGCCACGCGACUGCUCUUCUGCCUACCCGUACCGCUCAAAAAGUUCCCGACGUCUGCCCGCAGUCCUUUAAGAACAGCCUGCCUCUCCCACCAGUGCCAACCUAUCCGUGGAAAUCUUCUGAUUCUCUGAACAAAAAACCCAACAUUUUUACCACAGACAUUAUCGCAAAUAUGUCUCUCUACAACUUCAACGAACCCAACGUCGCAUACAACGGCACCAGCUCUGAUCUCAACCUGGACAUUGGCGGCUGUCUCAAGAACGGCGCUGACAUGCCUCUCUAUUCCGACGACUCGACUUCCAUGAACGCCCUCUGGGCCGAAGCCUUUGGCACCCAUGGCACCCAUGGCACCCAGAACGUGCAAACAGUCUCUCCUGAGCAGCUGUCCAUGGACACCAUGGGCUCCGUUCCCUCCUCUGCCAUGAUUCCCGAGUUAUCCCCCAAUGGCUCGGACCUCCAAUACUCUCCCGCCCUCUCCGACCUCGAUACCCCUUUGUUCGGAGCCGAGUCAUACAACACGACUCCUUACAUGAACGACAACAUGGCAUACCCUGCAAACGACUAUCCUCUCUUCUCCAGCCAUGAGACCUCAGCCUUCGAGGUUCCUUCUCCGCAACAGUUUGCUCCGGUCAUCCCAGAGGCUCGCCAGCGAUCUUUCACCGCUGCCUCAGUCACCGCUUCGCCCUCAAUGGGCGCCCGUCCCACUGGUAUCCGCAAGAAGUCAAAGGCAAACGCGCCUAUCAUCGUCGACGAGAACGAUCCCGUUGCUGUUAAGCGUGCCAAGAACACCAUGGCCGCACGCAAAUCACGCGCCAAGAAGAUGAGCUACACCGAUGAGCUCGAAGCCAAAGUCGCCAGUCUCGAGGCUCAGCUCGCAGCCGCACAACAACUGAUCACCCAGCUCGGAGGCCAAGCCAACACAAGCCCCGUCCAACAGCAGGCAGAGAUCAACGACGAUGACUUCGCCCGCAUCCUCAAUUCAUCCGUUUAA